CCCUGAAACUGCGGCCUUCCUGCCGCCGCCGCAGCCGCCGGUCCCGCGUGCCAUGGCGCUCUUCGAGCAGAUGCGGGCGAACGUGGGGAAGCUGCUGAAAGGCAUCGACAGGUAUAACCCAGAGAACUUGGCUACACUGGAGCGCUAUGUGGAGACCCAAGCUAAGGAGAAUGCCUAUGACCUGGAGGCGAACCUGGCUGUUCUCAAACUGUAUCAGUUUAAUCCUGCCUUCUUCCAAACCACAGUGACGGCCCAGAUCCUCUUGAAAGCGCUGACCAACCUGCCUCACACAGACUUCACGCUCUGCAAGUGUAUGAUCGACCAGGCUCAUCAAGAGGAGAGACCAAUCCGUCAGAUCUUAUACCUGGGCGAGCUGCUGGAGACCUGCCACUUCCAAGCAUUCUGGCAAGCAUUGGAUGAGAACAUGGAUCUCCUGGAUGGGAUCACUGGAUUUGAGGAUUCUGUAAGGAAAUUCAUCUGCCAUGUGGUGGGGAUAACGUAUCAGCACAUUGACCGCUGGCUUCUGGCAAAGAUGUUGGGUGACCUCACAGACAACCAGCUGAAGUCCUGGAUGAGCAAGUAUGGAUGGACGGAGACGGAGCCUGGGACAAUCUUCAUCUGCAACCAGGAGGAGAGCAUCAAACCCAAAAACAUUGUGGAGAAGAUAGACUUUGACAGCGUCUCCAGCAUCAUGGCCUCUUCGCAGUGAGGCGGUUUCUACCAGCAGUUCUUCCUCAUCACCCUGCUGCAUUUAUUUUAAUGUUUCCAAGAGUGCGGCCAAUAAAUGACUCUAACCGGCCUCUA